AAAAACUUUUCUUUCAUGUUUAUGUUUUGUUUCAUAUUUUUAUUUUCAAAAUUUCAGGCUCUGAUUUUAAUUAUAGAUUUGAUGAUUUUAUUUGAUGGUAGAAACAUUUUUACGUUUUUGUUCAUUUAUUUGAACAUGUAAUAUAUUUUUAAUAAAUGACUGUGUUGACAAUACCAAAAACCGACGGAAUAUAAACCGAACCAAACCGAAGUAAACAUGGAUUUAGAAAGGUACUUAUAACCGAAAUACCGAAAACCGAAAAAAAUCGAACCUAAACCGAACCGAUAUCCGGAUUGAACACCCCUAGUAUUAAGGUUUUGGCCAGAAAAUACAAUAUUGCAGUUUUGGCGGGAAAACACGAUUUUGCGCUUUUGGCGGAAAAACCGAUUUUGAGAUUUUGGCAGGAAAUUUCAAGUUUGCGGUUUUGGCGGGAAAAAUCAAUUUUAUGGUUUUGGCGGGAAAACUCAAUUUUACGAUUUCGGCAGUAAAUUCAAUUUUACGGUUUUCACGAGAAAACGCGAUUUUGCAGUUUUGGCGGAAAAACUCAAUGUUACAAUUUUGGCGGGAAAAAUUAAUUUUGCGGUUUUGGUGGGAAACUCGAUUUUAUGGUUUUGGCGGAAAACUCAAUAUUACGGGUUUGGCGGAAAAAUUCGAGUUCAGGGUUUUGGCAGUAAUUUCAAUUUUAUGGUUUUCACGAGAAAACACGAUUUUGCAGUUUUGGCGAGAAAACUCAAUUUUCGAUUUUGGGAAAAAAACCCAAUCUUGCGGUUUUGGCGGGAAACUCGAUUUUAUGGUUUUGGCGGAAAAUUCAAUUUUACGGUUUUGGCGGGAAAACUCGAUUUCACGAUUUUGGCAGGAAAACACGGCUUUGCCGUUUUGGCGGGAAAUUUUGGAUUUUACGGCUUUGGCGGGAAAUUAUGUCAUAUGUUCAGUUAAAAUCGCUAUCUGGUUUCAAUUUAUUUUUCAAAAUUUUAGGUUUGUAAAAGUUAUAACACAUUAAAAUUGUAUCUUAAUUUAUUUUUUUAGUUCGGAUAACUAGAGUUUGUAAGGUCAUUUGGCUUUUAAUUAACCAUAAACUAUGGUUGUAUCUAUUUUUAUUUAAAAAAUCUCUAUUUUAUUUUAUAUGGUUACAUAAUGGAUUUUCUAUAAGAUUUUACUAAAACAGAGAAUAAACUAAUUUAGUUUUGGUAAUUUUAAUAUAUCAUUUUAUCGAAACCCAAUAUUUAUUAUUUACACAGAGGUGCGGAAAAAUAAUGGAGUUGUAAAUAGUUAGAAAUAAAAGAGCAAAAUUUAUGUGGAAGCACCCUAGCCUAUUGGUUAAGGUUUAAAGUCUUCUACACCCAUGCUUGGGGUUCGAAUCCUAGAUUAUGCAAUUUCUUGCAGAUUAUAGGAUGCGAAGCUUUCGGAGGUUCCAGAGUAAUGUAAGCAGAGCCGUUCGUUCUGAUCGCCUGUUGCGGUGAGAGCCUGUCCAUCGAGGAUGUCGUACAUGCAGAGCCGUCUGUGGUUUCAAGUGUUUCAGAGAGAGCUUCAUCGUGGAAUCAUUAUUCGUGAAGCUGUUCAUCAAUAUCGCAUAUGUUGCAGGUAGUUGAUCAUCUUAUGUAAUAGAUUUAGAGAUUACAUGAUGAUGUAAUGUGUUACCCAACGUUAAAAAAAGACCAACAUUUAUAAAUAUGUGCUUAUUUAUCUACAAAUAAUAAUAAGGAUAAGGUUGUUAUUUCUUAAUAUUAUUACAUGUCAGUUCGAUAUUAGCGGGUUGAUCUCUGUAACUAUUUAUUAGCUCCAAGAUCAAUGAUUUGAGUUCGCAAUAUUUUAUUUCCUUGAAGCCGAUUUAAAGAACUCUCUGAAGAUAUAGGAGCAUCAAAUUUUUCUUCUGAGAAGUAAACAUUGUAAGCUACUUAAAAGGUAUCGGAGAAACAAUAAAUAUCCAUUGCAUUGUAGCAUAAAUUAAUUUUCUUUAUAUUCUCAGAGUAACCAAAUACAGUUUGGUUCGAAUCAGAUUAAUCAUAGGGUAUUAAAUUAAUACUCGACUUUCGAUUUAUAAAUUUAAUGUGUUAUAUACACAAUAGACUUUGAUCAAAGAAAAUAUACAAACUGGACUUUCAUUAUAAAUGGAAAGUAAUCUUUUAUUUUAAAAUGAAACUAUUUUAUUUUGCAAGUAUCAACUUUGUUAUUUAUUGUUUUUUAAUAAUGCAUACAUUUAAAAAAAAAUUGCAAUAAAAUAAAAUAAUUAAUUUAAUUAAAAGCCAAAAAUUAUUCAAAACAUUUCUUUGAAAACCUAAUAAAUAUUCUCAAACAAUUAACAAAAAGUUAGUCAAAACUGCAAACAAUCACUAAUUAGUAGUCUUAUCGUGUAUGGUAAAGAUUUAAAUAAACUCAUAAAAGUUUAGUCAAAAUUUCCAGAUAAUUUAUUACUUGUAUUUAUGGUUGAAGGUUGAAUAAGGAUAUUAUAUUAAUAUGGUAAGAAUAUUAAACAAAACAUUAUAAUAGGGUAGAGCUAAAAAUCAAAACACAUAUGCUAUAUAUAUCUGAGUAACUUAGUCAAAAUUUCUUAUGCAUCUUUUCAACUAACUAAAUAUAACUGGGAUUCAAGAGAGCAUUCAAUAAAGAAUUUCUAUCAGUUUUUAAGGUACACAUGCAAAUUUUAUGAUAAAUCUAAUCACUAGUGAUAUUAUUACAUAUCAGAUUUUUAUAUUGCAUCACUAUCACAAAAUAUAUUAAUCUUUGUCAUAAUAUGCUUAGUUUUGAAAUUAUAUUGAUUUACUUAUAAGAAAUAAUACAUAUUCCCAAUUUGAUAUUUUGAAAGUUCUUUAAAUAGAAAAAUUAUAAUCGUAAAAGGCAUGCAAUUAUAUGUUUUAGAACAGUGCUUGUACAUUUCUGUCGUGUUGCAUAAAUUUAAAUUACAUUUUUCUAGUGGCUCACAUUAUUGUAUAGACUAAGGAAAUAUUUUCUUAAUCUCUUGAAAUAUUAAAUUUUCAAAACAAUAAAUUAUAUAGAAGCAUUAAUUAAUUAUUUGCUUGCAAUUUUUGAGUUUAUCUAUACUAUUAAAGCAGGAUUCUAUUUUAAAAGUUUAGGAUUCUGCCUUAAGAUUUUUAUCAUAUUUACAAAAUAUUAGAGAUAUUUUAUAUUUAUAGUAACAAAUAAAUUUCUUUACAAACCAAAACAAAACCAUAAAUGCUAGUUAACUAUUAGAAUUUACUUUCGGUAAAACUUUAUCAUACCCAUAACAAUUCUUUUUUCGACCAGAUUUUUUUUUGUUUUGAAUAAUUAGAUAUUUCUAAUCAUAUGAAGUAUACUUAAUUUUGCGGGUAAUAAAUAAAUUAAACUAAUAUAAUUUAUUUAUGAGAUACAAAUGAAUUGAUGUGUUUUUUUUUUGUAGUGUAUUUUCCUAAUUCUGAGAAAUAACAAAAUCAUAAAAUUUCCUUUUUACAAUUUUUAUAGUUGAGUUUUAUAUGGUUGAAACAAAUAUAUGCAUCUAAGUAAAUAAUAACUAAUAGUUAAAAUCUGAAAAGAAAAAAAAAAUCUGCAAAGAAUAAUAUUAGAUUAUGUAAUGAGAAAAUAUAUUUAGUAUAUAAAUAUAAUACUUUAGAAUAAAUUAAAAUUAAUACAAUAUUUUUCUAAAAAAUUAACUUCUUUAAAAAUAAUUUCAUAAAUAUAAAUAUAAUUUUUAUAGCAUAUCUAAUAUCUAUAAUUAUAACAUAAACAAUCAAUAAAUUUUAAAUGUAUAUAGGUAUCAUAUAUAAAAACACAUAAUCUUAUAAUUAAAAAAAUCUUAUAAUUAAAAAAUUUAUAGAAUUUUAAAAGAAAAUUAAUCCCGCGCUUUAAAAAAAACUCGGGUCAAAAUCUAGUAUUACUUAAUGCAGUUUUUGAAUCUCUUUGAUUUCCCAGUUCAUAUAACAGAAUCUCAUUAUUGUUUUUUAAAUAAAAUUUGGGAGUUCAAAUACUUAAAAUUGUUUGUAAUUAUAUGUAGUAAAACAAAUUUUGUUAGAUUCUUGGAAUUGAAUGCUGUUAUUCAUAGUAUUAUUUUGAAAUUCACAGGAAUUGAUGUCAAAAGAGAUGGCUAAAAUAAAUCGUGAUGUGCUAAUGCUAAGAGAAGAUCAGGCUCCUAAAGUUGGAGCAAGCUUGAGCCGAUCUGAACCAAGGAAUAUUUCAAUGGUUGGCAUUAAACCUCAAAUACUUGACUUGAAUGUGAAACCUUGUUCUGAUUCCGACGAGGAAGAAAAAGGAGAAAUUGCAAAAGAAUUUCAGAAUCUUGCAGGUUUAAAAACUCAUGAUGCCUAUUACGUUGAUCAUAAGCUUUUGUACGAGCUUGAGGUUGAGAUCAUUGCUCGUCUACCAUGCUUUGAAUACUGGAAACUGCAGUUUCUUAACAAGAAAUUCUUGCAGUUAUUAAAGAGUUGUGAAAUUUUCAGGGUGAGACAAGAAAAAGGACUUGUGAAACCCUAUGUGAUUUUGCAUUCAGGGGCUGUAUCUAAUUGGGAAAUGUUUGAUAAGGAUUUUAAAACCUUUCGGAGACUUCCUAAAGUUCCUUCUUCUGACUAUUGCUUUUUCCACAGCGAUAAGGAAACAAUUAGUGUGGGUACUCAACUAAUUGUCAUAGGGAGAGAAAUAGAUGGAAUUGUGGUGUUUCGCUAUGAGCUAGAGAAUCAUAAGUGGUUCAAAGGUCCUUCAAUGAUCACACCGAGGGCCAUGUACGGUUCUGCAAGCCAUGGUAAAACCGCAUUUUUUGCAGGAGGCAUUAAAAUGGAUGAAAAUGGAAACCCUGUUGUUGUGCAAACUGUAGAAAAGUAUAAUGCUGAUACAAAAAGGUGGACUAUGAUUAAUGGAAUGCAUAAAGCAAGGAAGUUCAGCUCAGGAUGUUUCUUGCGUGGAAAAUUUUACGUCCUCGGUGGCCGAGAUGAUAAUGAUAAACACCUCACUUGUGGAGAAAGUUAUGAUGAGACGACCAAUUCUUGGGAGUUGAUACCUGACAUGCUAAAAGACAUGACAGUCAUUGCGCAUUCCCAAUCUCCGCCCCUUAUUGCUGUGGUUGAUGACAAUCUAUACAUGUUAGAAACAUCUUUGAACGAGCUUCGGGUAUAUGAUAUAAACACAAAUAAUUGGAAGAAACUUGGUGUUGUCCCUGUGAGCGCAAACGCUGCCUUCGGUUGGGGGAUUGCGUUUAAAUCGAUAGGAGACAGACUUCUGGUGAUUGGAACUUCUCACUCUUGGCAUAGGAAGACAGUAGUUCACUCAUGCCGUCCUUCUCCAGACGUGGAAGAGCAGCACUGGGAAGAAAUAAAACAUUGGUGUGUUGGUGCUGAGCUCCCACAGUUUAUUCAUAACUGUUGUGUGAUGUUUGCUUAAAGUUUUCUCCAUGGAAAACUUGGAAACUUAUUUGUUUUUGCAUUUGUGCUUAAAGUUGUUGCAUUUGGUUUUAAGUUGUUUGGUGUGUGUUUUUCUGAUUUUUUUUGUUUUUCAUUUGGGAUAAAAAUGUUGUUGUUUUUUGUUUGUUUUAAGUGCUUAUGUUUGUCAAAAAAUACUAAUGUUGUCUAUGUAAUGAUUAUUUAUUUAUUUUGGUUUUGUUUUUUUCCUCUUCAGCCAAAAAUGUCACUGACAAAAUAGGUAAACCAACCCAAACCAAACCAUAUCCAAAUGGUUUUAAGCUUAUAUGGGUUAUGGUUUUAACCAAUCCAAUCCAUUUGACAAAUGGAUUGGGUCAAUCCAUAACUCAUUUAAGUUAAUGAUUGAAUGGUUUUAAUGGUUAAGCCAUGAACAAUAAUUAUAUAGCUUAAAUGGUUACUAAGUAACAAUAUUACUUUGGGGUUGAAAACAAAAAGAAUACUUAGACUUUUGAUACAUACAAUUAUAUGGUUUUGGUGGUAAAAAUCAUUUUAUUAUUUUAGCAGAGAAGAUAAUUUUGUGAUUUUAGUGAGAAAACUGCUUUUAACGUUUUUGCGGAAAAACAAGAUUUUCUGUUUUAGCGGAAAUACAAUUUUAUGGUUUUGGCUAGAAAAAAACAGUAUUACGGUUUUGGCCAGAAAAUACAAUAUUGCAAUUUUGGUGGGAAAACACAAUUUUGCGGUUUUGACGAGAAAAUUUAAUUUUGUGGUUUUGGUGGGUAAACUCAAUUUUACGGUUUUGGCAAGAAAACAUAGUAUUACGGUUUUAGCCGGAAAAAUGCAAUAUUGCAAUUUGGCGGGAAAACUCAAUUUUACGAUUUUGGCAGUAAAUUCAAUUUUACGGUUUUUACGAGUAAACACGAUUUUGCAGUUUUGGCGGAAAAACUCAAUUUUACAAUUUUAGCGAGAAAACUCAAUUUUGCGGUUUUGGCGGGAAACUCGAUUUUAUGGUUUUGGCGGAAAAACUUGAGUUCACGGUUUUGGCAGUAAUGUCAAUUUUACGGGUUUCACGGGAAAACACGAUUUUGCAGUUUUGGCGGGAAAACUCAAUUUUUUUAUUUCGGCGGAAAAACUCAAUCUUGCGGUUUUGGCAGGAAACUCAAUUUUAGGGUUUUAGCGGAGAACUCAAUUUUACGGGUUGGCCGGGAAAACUCGAUUUCACGGUUUUGGCGGGAAAAUACGACUUUGUCGUUUUGGCUGGAAAUUUUGAAUUUACGGCUUUGGCGGGAAAACAUAACUUUGCGGUUUGGCGGAAAAACUUGAUUUUACGGUUUUGGCGGGAAAACACGACUUUGCGGUUUUGGCGGAAAACUCAAUUUUACGGUUUUGGCAGAAAAAACAUGACUUUGCGGUUUUGACGAAAAAACAUGAUUUUGUCGUUCCUGUGGGGAAAUGAGAUUUAGCGUUCUGGUGGAAAACUUGAUUUUAUGAUUUGGCAAAAUUUAUGAUUAAAUUUGGCUUAUUAAAAAAUCAAGAUAUAAUAGUUUUAUAUAUAUUAAAAGUUGGGUGUUAACAAAUAUAUAUAUAUAUAUAGGAAAAUUCUUCUAAAUAGACAAUUUUCAAGUUUUGGUUACAAAAAUAGAUCUCAAGGAGGAAAAUGGCCAUAAUGUUUCAUUUAAUAGGUAAAAGGACUCACCCUAAUACCCUAUAUAUAAAAAAAUAAAAAAAUAUUUUUUUAUAGUUUUAGAUUAUAUGUUUUCAAAUUUCAACUUUUUUAUACAAAAAAAAAAUUUGAAAAAAUUUCAAAAUUUUUUUUAUUUUUUUUUCAAAUUUUCUUUUUGUAAUUCGAAAAUACUUUUUGAAACUAUUUAAAAAAAAUUAUUUUCAAAUUUUUAAUAUUUAUUUUUUAUUUUUAUAAAAUUUUAAAUCUCAAUCCCAAAUCUCCACCCCUUAACUCUAAACCCUAAGGUUUAGAUUAGUUAACCCUAGAUGUAUAAGUGUAUAUUUACCUCUUUAGUGAAACAUUUUAGUCAUUUUGAUCCAUAGAGUUUAUAUUUGUGACAGAAAUUUUUUUAGUGCUAUCCUAUGGUAUUUCCCAUAUAUAUAUAUAUGUAUAUGUGAAUAAUUGGGUUAGAUUUAGUUUAUUAAAUUGAGUUAUAUAUAUAUAUAUAUAUAUGAAAAAAAACAUUUGGUGUAGUAAAAUUGGUUUAGAAAUUUGGUUUGUUUUUUCGUUUAUAUAUUUGAUUUGAGUUUUUGUUUGUUAUAAAUUGUUAUUGGUUUAGUUAUGGAUAACUCAUUAUGCAUUACAAUCCAAACCAUUUUAACCCAAUCCAUUAAAAUCAUUAACCCAUUUAAUCCAUUAAUCCAUUUGGACCCAAUUAUUCUAUCCAUUAAGAUACAUGGUUUGGAUUGGUUUGGAUUGGUUUGGGUUGAUCCAUUAACUUUUACCCAUUUUGACACCUAUAUCUAGGAGUGUUCAAUCCGGUAAAACAAAACCAUUUAAAACCAAACCGAAGUAGAGAAAUUGGUCUGGAUUUGGUAGUACCGAAUAAAGCGAAUGUAUGUUAUUUAAAAAACCCCGCAUUAUAUGGAUAUGGUUCAGUAUAUUCAAUGAUUAAACCAAAUAAACCAAAAAGCCGAUUAAUUCAGAUAUAUUAGUAUACUUGUAUAUGAAUUUUAUAAUAAUCUGAAAUUGAUCAAUAUUUCCAAUAAAAAUCAGAGAAACUGAUUACAAUAUUAGUCAUUAAAAUCAUAUACUAAAAAUAAGAUAAAAGCAAUGAUGAUAUUAUC